ACUGGUAGCUUUGGAGCUGCGAUAAGAGUUCAGAUAUACAUCUAAUGUGUCGAAUAUCCCUUUUCAUUUCUCCUGAUAGGACCAGACUAGUCACGGGGUGCAUACUAAUCACGGAUGCAGGGACUGCGCUUACGGCUGAGACAGAGCUCCGGGGAGCAUCGGUAAAAACUUUGUGCCUCGUUCUCGCCUGCUGUAAUUGUGAGCGUAGACUCCCAUAGCCAAAAACUGUUGUCUUCGCCGAAACAAAUUUCACAAGUAUAUCGUCUUCCUCUCCCUGUGGCGUGGAUGCAACGAAAUGGUACCGCUCCAGAUGUGAGUCUAUCAACUAUUGGGAGCGCAUCAACUGGCUAGACUCUGUGAGUGAUUUUUGAACGGAUGGUAUUUCCCAAGAGACUGUUCUUUGGAAGCGGGUUUCCUCUUUUGGUUAGCGCAUUCUGCUGUCAUGUGGUGUUCGUGGCAAGCACCUGUCGGAAGACAUCUCCGCACAGCAAGCACGGGCAGAACACCUACAGCACAAGGAGAUCAUAUGGCAUGUGGGUCUCGCUGUUGAGAGCGACGGCGGACUUGAUGGAAAGUCUCCCACGGGUGCAUUUUGCCUGCUCUACAGUCUCAUCCUUGGCAACAGCUCACUCCGCCGUCCGCCCCCACUGAAUACUGAUCGCGAUCAGAAAGGAAUGUGAACCUCUGGGAUGGAAGAGAAAACUGGUGCUUGGGAGGAUCCCCAAGUUUGAAACGAUGUGUGGGAGGAACAUCUGGGACGCAGCCUUUCCCGGGGUGGCUGGCAAUUACAACACCCAGAGCUAAGGUUCGGUUUGCGAACUGCUCCAUCCCAAAUAUCUAUCGACCAUAGCAGUAACUAUCCUUGCUGCUGCUUCUACUGAUAGGACAAGCGGGAGGGGUGCCGAG